UGUGUGUGUGUGUUUUUGAACAGCGAACAGAGUAUCUGUCAAGCAAGAGCUGCCGUGAUGGUGUAUGAUGACGCCAACAAGAAGUGGAUCCCGGCCGGUGGCUCAACUGGGUUCAGCAGAGUCCACAUAUAUCACCACACAGGCAACAACACGUUCCGAGUGGUGGGCAGGAAGAUCCAAGACCAUCAGGUGGUGAUCAACUGUGCCAUCCCUAAAGGGCUGAAGUACAAUCAGGCCACUCAGACCUUCCACCAGUGGCGGGACGCCCGGCAGGUGUACGGCCUCAACUUUGGCAGCAAAGAGGAUGCCAACGUCUUCGCCAGUGCCAUGAUGCACGCCUUAGAGGUGUUGAAUUCGCAGGAAACAGCCCAGAGCAAGGUUACUGCUACCCAGGACAGCUCUAAUUUGCGAUGUAUUUUCUGUGGGCCAACAUUGCCUAGACAAAACUCACAACUUCCCACCCAAGUUCAGAAUGGUCCAUCACAAGAAGAGUUGGAAAUUCAGAGAAGGCAACUACAAGAACAACAACGACACAAAGAGCUGGAACGGGAGAGACUGGAGAGAGAAAGGAUGGAGAGGGAGAGAUUGGAGAGAGACAGGUUAGAGAGGGAGAGGCUGGAGAGAGAGCGACUAGAACAAGAGCAGCUGGAGCGGGAGAGACAAGAACGGGACCGGCUGGAUCGGCUGGAGCGGGAGAGACAAGAACGAGAGAGACUGGAGAGACUGGAGCUGGAGAGACAAGAACGAGAGCACCAGGAGCAGUUAGAGAGAGAACAGCUGGAAUGGGAGCGGGAGAGACGGAUAUCCAACACCGACAGCUCCCCGUAUAAUGCUCUGCUUCCCGAGGGUGCCGGUGGCCAGCCUCCUUCAGCACCUCCUCCAUCCUUUGCUAAAGUCAUCUCAGCCGCGGUGUCAGAGGCCACUCCUGAUCACGCUGUAGUGGCCGCCCUGCCACCUUCCACACCCCCUACACCACCACUGCGACACUCGGCGACACGUUUCGCGACCUCCUUAGGGUCAGCCUUCCACCCCGUCCUGCCCCAUUCCGCUACAGUUCCUCGUCCUCUGAGCAAAAACUCUCGGCCUUCUUCUCCCGUGAGCACACCCUCCUGUCAGCCUCCGGCUUCGAAGCCCUGUGCCUGGCCCGCCGCCACCUUCUCGCCCCCCCCUCCGUCUGCUCCAGUCAUGGGCCCGCGGCCCGUCCUCCCCGUCUGUGUCUCUUCUCCUGCGCCCCAGUCGCCUCCGUCACCGACGGCGUCCAGUGGGCCGCUUGACUCUGUCUCGUCCCCGGUGUCGCCGCCGCCGCCGCCUCCGCCUCCGCCGCCUCCCCUCACACCUCUGUCACGCUGUGGACCUCGAGCCUCUCCUCCUCCGAGCACCCCUGUCGCCUCAGCUCCCUCGUCCAGGCCUAGCGUUGUCCCUUCUCCCUCUGCAGCUGCCCCUGCCUCUGUGGAGACUCCUCUCCCUAGCCAAGUGCCCCCACCUCCUCCUCCACCUCCUGCUCCUCCCCUGCCUGCAUCUGGAUUUUUUGGGGGACCCAUGUCAGAAGACAAUCGCCCUCUGACUGGGCUUGCAGCAGCCAUCGCUGGAGCCAAGCUGAGGAAAGUGUCACGGGUGGAGGAUGCCUCUUUCCCGAGCGGAGGGAAUACCAUUGGCGUGAACCUGGCCUCUUCUAAAACAGAUGCGGGUCGUGGAAAUGGACCUCUCCCUCUAGGGGGCAGUAGUGGCUUGAUGGAGGAGAUGAGUGCCCUGCUGGCCAGGAGGAGAAGAAUUGCCGAAAAGGGAUCAACAGUAGACUCAGAGCAAAAAGAGGACAAAAAUGAAGAAUCAGAGCCUGUGACUUCGAAGCCCUCUUCAACAAGUACACCUGAACCAACAAGGAAACCGUGGGAAAGGACGAACACAAUGAAUGGCAGCAAGUCACCUGUUAUCUCCAGACCAAAAUCUGCACCCUCCUCACAGCCCAGUGCCAACGGAGUCCAGACGGAGGGCCUCGACUACGACAGGUUGAAGCAGGACAUAUUAGAUGAAAUGAGAAAAGAGCUAACGAAACUAAAGGAAGAGCUCAUUGACGCAAUCAGGCAGGAACUGAGCAAGUCAAAUACUGCAUAGAGAAAUUAAGGCGAGAUAGGACUUUAAUCUGGAUAAAGGAAAAAAAAAGAAAACACAACCUACAAACAACUGUUACCAACAGCAAACAUCCCUACAUUGUGUGAGCUGUAAGAAGAAAAUGGAAGCGAGCAGUUGGAAGGAGGGAACCCCAGCACCUUUGGGAAGCCUUCAGGUGUCGCUGCUCUGGCAUUAAGCUGCUUCCCUCCCCUGUGUGCUACUUUUUUUUUUUUUUUCUUUUUUCUGAUCUUUAGGACAGGAUGGAAGAGUCUCAUACAAAUUCCUGCAACAGUUAAUGUAGAAAAUACUAAACCACCAGGCAAGGUCACCGUGUAUCGAAAUAUUUUCAUGUCAAGAUAAAAAAAAAAAGUGGCACAUUUUCCACGACCCAUUGCUAAAAUAAAGAGGAGAAAGGCUUCCUCAGUGUUUCUCAGAGUGCUGGCGGAAGAAUCGAGCAAGUUCUGCUGUUGUAUUAUAAAUGUUUCUCUCAGGUUUGUCUUCCUAUCAUAUUUGAUAUUCCAUGAGGAGCCAAGGUCGGCCCUGUGUAGGUUAAGAGCCUCAAAAUGUGGAGCAGGUGGGAUAGUUGAUACUCGUAAAAAGUGAUACCGAUAAGGUAACCUGAAGGAAGAAGGAAAAAAAAAAAAUGAUGAUGAUAAUGAUGAUAUGUCCAGCUUGAGGAAUUUUAGAAUGAUAGGAAGUCUGUCAAGUUAGCCUUCAUGCAAUUUUGUAGAGCCCAACAUAAAAACUCACCCCGAAUUUUAAAGAUUUAGAUGCCUUCCUAAAUCGUCAUGAUGCUUUACCAAAUCUACAACUUCUACAUAACGCAAAAGCAGUGGUCAAAUGUAAAACAAUAUAUUGUAGAUUAAACUGUAGGUUUUCAACCUUUUUUUAGACUUAUGCAUGUUGACUUUUUUAUAAUGUAAUUACAACCACCACAAAACUAGCUUUUUUAACUGCAGACAGUAAUGCAUGUCACACUGAUAAAUAUGUAGUGGUCUUUUCAAGGGCCUAAUCCCAGGGAAAACAUUUUUGUAGAGUAGGGCAGAGGGAGGGAGGGGAGGAAUAAUUUUUUUAUUUAAACGUAACUCCUGCACAGUCCUCUUUUGUUUUCUUCUUCUUCCUCUUCUCCUUCUUCUUCUUCUCCUUCUUCUUCUUCUUCUUCUUCUUCUUCUUCUUCUUCUUCUUCUUCUUCUUCUUCUCAAUUGCCUGCAUGACUAAUGAGGAAUGUUUUGUGACUUUAAUUGGUAACUAUGUUAACAGAACCAAGUACUUAUAUCUUUGACAUCAUGGCUCCAGCUCUUUGUAUCUUAAUUUCAGUUACUUCCAUUGGUCUGAAACAUGAUUUGCAGUUUCCCGUGACUUUACAUCUCACUGUGGAACUCAAAAAAGUUCGGUCCCUGAACCUGGCCGUUGCUACUAGCUGGGUGCCUGGUAGCACAAGCGUCAGGCCCACGUAACUGAUUUCAAAGCUGCUUUUGAAUUCUGUUCUGUGCAAAGGCAGGAAGUAACAGGGACGCAGCAAUUAAGGUCACAGAAAUCGCUAAGGAGAGGGAAUUCGUGGAGUUCUGCAUAAUUUUCUUUUUAAUAAAUAAAGUGACAUUUAGAGAAUGGGGAGGAGGAAGUAGCGAAUAUAUGCACAGCACCUGUGGACACUGUAGGAGCGACUGUGGAGUUCACUCCCUUUGCAAGUCCUAAGAUUAAGAUGGGGGGGGGAGAGAUCUUAUAUGUUGCAAUGAUAGUUUUUUGUUUGUUUGUUUGUUUGUUUGAAUCUUGGAAAUUUAGGAAAUAAAGACAUUUCCAGUCUCUCUGUGUUGAUUCACGCUUGAGUUAUCACGUGCCAUAUUUGCUUUUGAAAUUUACUAGAAGUUUUACUUUAAAAAGUAAACAAAUAAAUAAUAAUACUUUAAAAAUCCAUUUUCAUCCACUUCCUAGCGUCUCUCCCGUUCCUAAGACAGAGCUCGUGGAUGGCAGUUGUCAAAGCCCUUCACUGCUUCAGAGAGGUCGGAACGGGGGUCUUGUUUUCCUCAGGAAAAAUUCCUGUUUUCUGUAGAGAUUUUUUUUUUUGACGAGCCUAUGAUGUCAUAAUUCAAGUAGUCAGUUCUUUUUUUUUUUUCUAUCAACUGUUCAUUGUCAUGCAGUAGUAAUAAGACUGGAAAAAGGUAGCCUAUCUGAAGUACUGUUUUCCUAAAGAAAAAAAAAAAGGAAGCGUGUUCAUCUUUUACUAUAUUUUUUUUUUUUGGUUAUGCAAACACUUUGAGGAUAAGAAUGUUUGCCUCCUAUAAACCUAGUCUGAAGCCGCUUUUGAUUUUGUCGGUUAAGUUGAAUAGUUUAUAAGAGGAUAAGAGUAUUGGGAACCAGUAGUCCAGAGUGAGGUAAAAAAAAUAAAUAAAAAUUAAAAAACAAGCCACAAGAAAAUGCUAGAUCUUAAAACUGGUUAUACACUAAACAUUUCUGUGCCUUGGUCUAAUAUGAACACGAUGUCUGUAUACAGUGACAAAGCUGAACCAGUGUUGAAUCAUGUUCCAUUUUCCCACCAUUUUUGCAUUAUCUCAGAUCACUACCUGUGUUCUUCCCAAGAAGUUUGCCUGACUUUCUGUAUCCACUCCCUGUCACUCGUGACAGUCUUGUCAUUGCCAGAGAUUUCAGUGAUGCAGGUGGGAACCAGAGGCUUAGGGUAUUCUCCUUAUCAAAAAACUAUGUUGCUGGGAACUACAUUACGAUGCUGGUCGUCUGUGCUCUUGUGUUUGGGGCAUCUUAACGCUGAGUGCAGCUUCGGGGUAACUUCUUCCCUCAACACUGUGAUCUGACCUGUGACAAUUCUGUACUGCACACCCUGUAAAUGGCUCACAAAGUCAAUUGCAAACCAACUGAAUGUACAAAUCUUAGUGCUGGUGCUGAAAUGUCAUGAUUUCAAAGUGUGUUUCCAAAUCCGCAAGCGUCACGUGUCUUGAUCCAAACUGAAGAUGGAACGCUGCUGAAUGCCAACCCCUCACGCUCUCUGUGUGCUUACCCGUUUAGACCUCCCAUUUCUCUGCUGUUCGUACGGUACUGUUGCGUUUUGAUUUCCUGCGCACUGACUUCAUUUGUGCGAUUGAAAUAAAAAUUGCAGUAUACACAUA